AUGUCGUCUAGUUAUCCGGAUGCGCCGAAGAAUCCCACCGUGGAAGACGUGGAUGAGCAGCCUGGAACAGACAACAAUGAGGCCAUACCUUCGUGGCUAGAGAUCUGUUCUCGACAUGAAUACGUCCUAAACUCUCAUUUGGAGAUGCUUCUGUCCGUGAAAGGCCGGGUUGGUGCGGACGGCGAUGUGUUUCGCGCAGUCUCCUCGAUGGCCGAAAGAACACAGAAAUUAAUGACCCAGUACAAGGUACUGAAGAAACAUUUGUCAAACAAAAACGCAACAGGGAAAUCCUCAAAUCCGUUUGCCAUGCCUGACGGACAAAAUCGUACCGAAAACUCGACGUCAUCGUCCACCGCGAGCAGCUCGAAACAUGGUAAAAAGAGAGCAUGGGAGGAAGAAGAGGCAACAAAGACGGAAUGCCAGCAUGUGGAAUCAGAAUAUAUUCAAUCUCAGUCUCCUCAAAAGCGCAUGAGAACGGGACUCGUCAUACCUGGGAACAGCGAGGAUCUGAGCAGCGCAACACCAGUUUCAUGGGACACAGAAGAUAUAUCAGAGGAGGUUCAGCGACGACUAAAGAUCAAGGAGGAACGACGCAAGCAAAGGAACUCGAAAUCAGAGAAGAGAAAACGCGAAAGCUUGACAUCGAACGGUAGUGUCGCUUCCUCUGUAGGGCCAAGCAAGCCCAAAAAGAAGAAAGCGAGAACCGAGGUUUCACAAUUGACAGGCAGCAGCAGGGACAACACGAACCCUGAGCCACCCAAAGGGAAAGCAAAGAGACAUUCUACAGAGAAAGCAUCAGAUGCAGAGCAUGAUCACCCAGGGCAAAUGAAAAAGCAAAGGAAGGAGCAACUCUCUACCACGUCUUGA